AUGGAAAACAUUCCUAGUGAAGCUCUGAUUGCGCCGAUACCACUUCGUACAAACCGCCACUACUUGAUUAGAUUGCGUGAUCAGGAUAUGAACAGUGAGUCUCAUGGCCAGCCUCAUAGCCCCCCCACAGCAAGGAGCCUCGAUUUCCCAAGUUUGGGAUAUGUUGAGAACGGGUAUCUCAUCCCGCCCGCAAGCCAUUCUGAUAACAACGGUCCUGUCCUCUCUAGUAGUCAUAUGUUAAGCACCCCGGUUGACCCAAGUCGACAUGAGGCUACCCCCCUUACUGCAGAAACGGUUCGCUGGCCCUUCCUAUCCUCAUCUUCUGAGUACGAUGAGGAAUCAGACGACGAUUUAGGCAUGGAGAUGGAGGCUGUGACCUCAAUAGCUAAGCUGUCCGGAUCCUUUUUGCCAUCUUCUUCCGAGCCCAAUGAUAAUUCAGAUGAAGAAUCUCACGUGAGAAUGGGAACUGCGGCCUCAACGGCCAGGGUUUUCAUAAACCAUCGCAGAGCCCUUCCGAUUACAGCUGGCGGCUUUUGUGAAGCCUCGCAGCCUCACACAUCACUUGCUAGUGGCUCUCCUACAGGGAACUUCUCUUCAGACCUUGAGAGUUCCUUAAACGCUUCAUCUCCCGCAAUUAAUGUUGCGUCCACAGUCGAGACUACCGAAGACCCGUGUGAGGGUGAAGAUGAGGUAGACGAAGACCAGAAGGAAGAGACAAGGUCUACCGCUGUGCGAUCGGUACUAUUGUCUCCAGUUGGUCGACCAACUUUGAUCCACCUACCUGCUCGAGCGCAAGUUAGCCCAGGACGCCAAACCCCAGGUUCUCCCCAGUCCAAUUCGUAA